AGGUCGCAAAGUUCAAGGGGGCCGAAUACUUUCGCAAUGCACUAUCUUCUUAAAAGCUGAUUUUAAACUUAACCACACUGCUAACCUUUUGCCUAACCAUAACUUUAAAGUUAAGACCAAAAAGCACAUCUUUGUUUUUCAUGGAUUUUUACUGUAGAGUAAAGCUGUGUUAUCUAGUGUAAACCAGAUUUUGAUGUUGAAAGGCAAUGUAACCUAACGUAGCAGGUGGAAAAACAUUUUUUGUUUAAAAAACACCUGAGUGUAGUUCCCACGUACGGGUUUCAGCAGAAAAUAACGCUAGAUUGUAUUUGCUGUACCCCUGAAACCGUAUACAUCCAGUUGUUGGCAACUUCUCUCAGACUGAAGGCAAGGUGAUGGUGGUGUAAGGACGAUUGCUGACAAUAAAAAGGUAAGCUCUAUAACCUAACCAGCCAACUAAUCAACUAGGAUUUCAGUAUUUCAGUUGAAGUAGGUAGUUAUUUGGUUUUCUGAUGUUAAAGCAGGCUAUUGAUUAGGCAAGCUAGAUCAGCGCCAGCUAGCUAGGAAGCUAAAGCUUGCUGAUGUUUAACCACAUAUAAAAUGUACCAGUAUCUUUGGUUAACCAAGAGCAUUGUAGCUAACUAAGUUAACGAGGGGUUGCUAGAGAAGGAGGACUUGGAAAACCAGCCAGACUGUGAGGGAGUGGUGAGAACAGACAUUGAAGGCCCUCCCUAGGGUAGCGGUGAUUGAGAUGGGGUGAGUGGGAGUCAAGAUCAAACUCUGAAAUAAAUAGCCAAUAUUAUAAACUACUAACUGCAUACUUUGAGAUAGUCUCUUUGAAAUACACUUCUGAUAACUUUUACUCUGGCAGUUUUUGUGCAGUAGCUCUUCACGGGUUGGGCAUGAAAUGACAGCAGGCUGUUCAAUACUGAGCCAUCCUGACUGACGAGUCGUGUGGAUUGGUACAGCUCGCCUUAAUCCCAUAGUAUGUUAUCACUUACUUAGCUAAAUGAUUAUCCAUAGUUGCCUCUAUUAAUAAAGCAGCAGUCUUUAAAUGGGCUGUUACAUUGUAUGCAACACUAAGAUGGUGUUUAACUCCAAUUGAACUCGGUUGAUGUUAUUUUCUGACAUAUAUUUUUACUUUCUCACUACAGUUGUUCUCAGGAGACGGGUGAGUGCAGAGAACAUACUGUAUGUCUGACAAAGUGGAUUCGGGCUUCUACUUCAUUGGCCAAGUUUGGAUCUGCGAGUCACCUUUGACCUUGAUGUAACUUUCAUCGAAGACUUGGGGUCAUUGGUGUUCCCUAACUCACCUUGUGACUUGCACAACUCAACACAUAUGUAUCCCUCCACCUUCCUCAGUGGAGUCCCGGCCAGGGGUAUCAAACUCCAAUGUCCGUGUACAUGUUAUGUUGGCAUAGUUACCGGACCAGUGAGAAGAGGCGUUGAUGACAGUGAUGCGUCCCAGUGUGGUCUCCACAAACAGCCGCUGUGCCAACACCAUGCCUGAUGACGACAACCAGAUGGUAUUCCUCCACCCUGGAACACUACAUUUGGUGCUCCCCGGACCAGGGUUUUCGAGGCAGGGAUGGACUACUGUUAGUCUGAGCUUGCCCCGCAGUCCCCAUACACACACAUUUAACUGGAUUGUGCUGAUGCCCUACUGUAAGAACCUGGAGAUCUUCACUGGUUCUGAGGUAGGUGACCUGACCACCAACAGUUCCUGGGACACGUUCCAGCGUUACCGCUGUCUGGAGAACAUGCCGAGCGUCUGCUGCAACUUCAUAUCUAGCGUGUCAGUUCUGCUGCACCAGGGAGCUAAAGGUGCCCUUCUUUGCGAGGCAUUGGAAAACCUCCCUGGUCUUUGUCGUUACGUGUGUGCUGGAAAUUCCAUGCUCAACUGAGGGACCUUCCAGAUAGAUAAUCAAACAGUUGGUGUGGUGUACAGAGAUGGGGUGGCUCUGGCUUGCUGAUAACAUCUGAUCUGAUGAGACUCCCUAUGAGAUUUGACUCCUGUAUUACUGCCUGUAUUCAAUACAACUUCCAAUGCUGAUUUUAAAUAAUUUGACACUGUAAUUUGAUAGACAAUGGUAGUUCCCAAUCAGACAUUUACUACCUCAGUAAAAUGUUUGGUGAAUGCAUAUUGUUGAUGUAAAAACAAUAUUUCUC